AUGGCGGGAGCUGCGCAGUCAUCCCAGGCCGGGGCCACGGACCCCUUCGCGGACUUUUCGCUUGUCGAGAAUGCCAUUCGCGGCUUCACCAUCAAGGCCCUCAAGGCCGUCAUCACCGACAUCAACAAGUCCAUCGCGCUCAAGGAGAGGGCCUAUCUCCGUCUCAGCGGAAACAAGGCCGAACUCGCCAACCGCGUCCUGAACUCGCUGCAGGACGUCAAGAAGAGCAACAGCGUUCAGCACUUCCAAAAGUUCAAGCAGAUUGUCGUCGAGAAUGGCGGCUGGAUCCCAAACACUGCCCAACAGAACAACCCGAUACGCCCGUCGAAUGCCUACGCGGGUGCCAGCGGCGCGGCCUACCAAAAGGUCAACGGCGCCAGUCCCUACAGCGGCUUCCCGCCGGCAGCGGGCAGCGCAUCGCCUGCGGCCACGACAGCGGCGGCCAGGACGGCUGCUGGCAAUUCCGCCCAGACCCGGGUCAACUUCAAGCCCUCGCCGUUCUGGGAGAUCAAAAGCUUUGUCUCCAACCUGGUCAUCUGUCCGGAAGCGCCCAGCACCGAGAGGAAGACGUCGGCAGUCUACGUCACCUUCACCGAGGAGUACAUCGCCCGACUCCGACAGGCGAACUCGGCCUUCCAGGCCCGCCUCUUUUGCACCACACACGAGGCUUACGCCGUCGGCCUGUCGGGGCGCUUCCAGGCGCCCGUCGAGUUCCCCUUGACGUGCGAAGUGAGGGUCAAUGGCACGCAGCUCUCGACCAAUCUGCGCGGCAGCAAAAAGAACGUCGGCCGAGUGCCACCACCCAAUCUCAACAAGGACAACCAGCUUCUCUUGCAGUCGCAACGGCAGAACCGCAUCGAGCUCACCUACACCAACUGCCCAAAGCGGCACGUCCUGAUCGUCGCCGUCUGUGAGGUGACGAGCGCAGAGAUGCUCGUCGAGAGGCUGCGCAAAAAGGCCCAUCGCACCAAAGAGGACGUGCUCAGGUCAAUGAAGAAGGCUGCAGAGGACGACGACAUCCAGACCGGCUCCGCGACUAUGAGCCUCAAAUGUCCGCUCAGCUACACCCGGAUGACGACGCCAAGCCGUUCGACGCAUUGCCCCCACGUCGCCUGCUUCGACGCGUAUAGCUUCUACUCGAUCAACGAGCAGACGCCGUCGUGGUCGUGCCCUCACUGCAACCAGACGAUCAGGCCCGACGACCUGAUCGUAGACGACUACGUCGGCGACAUCAUCAAAAAGGUGCCGGAUGACUACGAAACCGUCAUCGUCGAGCCGGACGGCUCUUGGAGGACGCCGGACGGCAAGGUGGCCUCGGAAGGCUACGUGGCUGCAGCGGCGACAGGAUCAGCGGCACCGACGCCGGGUCCAUCGCGACCGACGGCGUCGGCAGAGCCGCGCAGCGACAACGGCCACAGCCGCGAAAGCCGCGCUGCGCCGAGCUCGGACGACAUUGUCAUUCUGGAUAGCCCGAGCCCACCACCGGUAGGGCCGUCGCUCGCCAAGCUAGCAUCAGCAACGCCGGCACCACCACCACCGCUGCCCUCGCUGCAUCCUCCGGCUCCGACCAGCGUAGACAGCAGCCGCCAGUCGUCGGCCCGCCCUGCCCCAGAGCCUGCCGUCAUCGAUCUGACCUUGAGCGACAGCGACGACGAGCCCUUGCGCCUGCUACCACGGCCUCGACCGCCGCUGGCGUCGUCUACGGCGGCUUCGGCGCCGAUGUCCGCUUCCGCGUCAGCAUCAUCCUCUUCGGCCAUGCGUCCGCCCCAUCUCAACGGGUCUGCCGCAUCCCAGAACGGCGCGUAUCCACGCCGGCCUUCGAGCAGCCACGCUCCUCCUGGUCAGCCUCAACCUGCGGCCGGUGGGAGCUUGGCGGCAGCAGCACGGCGGCCCAGCACUGACGGCGCGCGCAGCGCCUCCUCUUCAACUAGGCACGCCAACGACGAUACCCCCUCUGACGACGAAGUGGUGCGCCGGCCGGGGAAGAAGGCGAGGCUGGAAGCCUCGCAGGGCGCACAGCCUGGACCUGGGCCCGGCCGGCCACUUGGCAAUGGCGGUCUCCCCGCCGGGGACUCGCCCAGACCCGGCUCAGACGGCAGUGCAGGUGGGCCCUUUGCCGGUCCCUCGAGGUCGAACACCAACCCACUGCAUCCUUCCAGCACCGCCGUGGGCUCGCGGUACGCGUAUCCUCCGGGAGCCCCUCGUCGACUGUCGGAUCGAGGCGGGGUCGCGGGCGGUGGCGCCGGCACUUCCUCGUCCUCGUCCUCGCGACCGUCCUAUCCGGUGCCGUACCUCGAUACAGACAUAGGCGUCACCGGCAACGGCAACGGCACGGGCGACGGGUACAGCAGCAACGGCAUCAGCAAUGGCAACGGCGCCAGGGCGGGUGGAGGCGGAGGCGGAGGCGGAGGCGGAGGGGAUGGAUCCUCGCCUCUUGGCGACUCUCCAGGCGCCAAUGGCCGCCGCACACGGAGGGGGGAGGGAUACGACGGGGCAGAGUGGGGCGACGACGUCGAUGGCUCCUCGGAGCGCGGCUACACGGGCGUGGGGAGGGACACGUACUUUGCCGACGACGACUGGUGGUGA